AUGACAGAACUGCCAACAAAACGUCGCAACUUUUCCAUAAAUGAUAACGAUACGGGUCUGGUAUUAGAAUCCGACGACUAUGUGGAGUCAGCAUGCACCUCACCCACCCCACAACAUGCUUCAACACACCAUCCAGAAAAGAAGUCCACUUGGAAGAAACUACUUUACUUAAAACAGCCUUAUCCUGAUAAUUACACUGAUGUAUCCUUUUUGUCUCAAUUAAAAAGAAACACAACUGUGGCAAAAUAUUCCUACUUUCAGUUAGUAGAAGACUUUAUAUUGAUUGUGUUUUACAUAUCAUGCAUCUUACUCGUGAACUUGAUGUUCAUUGGCAUAUACUCAAAAAAUUGGGAUCCCGUUAAACCGACGGCCCUAAGCACAAUUAUAUGUGUAAUAAUAUAUGGCCUUUUCCGGUACCACCAUCUGCUAUCCUCAAUUUCUAGAUCCAACUUGAACUUGAAGUCGUUUGUUUUAAUCUCGUUCAUGAUGUUGAUUGUUUCUCCAAUACUCAAAUCAUUGACAAAGUCUACUUCAUCAGACUCUAUCUGGGCCAUUUCGCUGAUUCUAUCGAUAUUCAACUCGAUGUUUUAUGAAUAUUCCUCGACAAAGGUAUACAAGCCGACCAUCUCCACCAAUAUUUCAGUCAGCAAUGCUAUUGUGUUGGCGUCACGCUUGAAUUCAACGUCACAAGUGUUUGUCUUUAUGCUUUUUUCAAUCCAAGUUAACAUUUUGUUACCAUCAUAUGACGCAAACCUACGUCAAAGCAAGAAACUCAAGUAUUUGCACUAUGUUAUAGCUUUGUCCACCUUCAGUUUAGUCAAUUAUUGGAUUUACCAACUCCUCAAUUACAAAUUUUUACUUUAUUGGCUCCUGUCGGUCCUUAUUGUGAUGUUUUUGAUGCCGGCAUACUUUUUGUCCUUGCAGAGGUAUAAGAAUGAACUACAAGGGCCAUGGGAUAUAGCAAAGCCAAAAUUUAAUACGAUUUCUAAUUAG